AGAGGAGACAUUCCACUUCCGGAGUUUUGACUCUCACUCCAGCGGCGGCUCGUGGACUAUUUCCUCUCGCUGUCCUUUUAAUUCUCUCGGCUCGCUGUUAUUUCCCAUUGUUAGGAAAAAGACGAGGAAUGGCAGCUGUCUCUCUGGAGCUCUUGAUUUUGGCCGUCACGCUUCCGAGUCUCACCUGCGGUGUAGAUCAGCUGCUUCCGCCGAAGAAUCUGUCCUACACCUGGUUGGACUCGUUCACCGUGGAAGUGUCGUGGCAGGAACACGACCCAGUAGAAGACUGCAUCAUCUCCUACCUGUUCUGUUCCCUGGAGGAUGAGCGGUGCCACCCAACAGAAAACUUCAGUUUCAUCACUUCUUGUUUGACAGAGGAGUCGGAGCAGUGCACCUACAGCAUCACUACCAUUAAUAAGUCCUGCAACUUGAAGAACAGUUUGCCUGUACGUGUGGAAGUACGACCUAAAGAGUCCCAUGCUGCAUCUUUGGAAGACUUCAAAUGUGUCAUUGCCAUCAAUAAGACCAACUGCAGCUGGAUUCCAGAGAGUCCGGACCUCAAGGCGACGCUGUCCUACAGGAUUUGUGGAGAAUCCAGGGAGCUCCUGAACUCCAUGACAGAGUGUGGCGAGCCUUACAGAGGAGGACAGAGGAACGGUUGCUACCUAACUGGAAGCAUUUACAUAGAGGAUAUCUGCAUGCUGCUCAGGACCACGCAGGGAAGUCGCACCUUCAGGCCUCGACUAGUAAUGGAACCUCCGAAGUUCACCGUCACUAAGGAAGGUGACCAACUGAGAGUGACAUGGAUGCAACCAGGGGUGUUAAAAACGUGUGACUGGAAAUAUCGUCUUCAUUACUCAGUAUGUAAGAAAGAGCAAGAUGAACGGGAGUCACAUGGUUCCGAACUGUUGUUCUAUAACGAAGCCUGUCGUUAUGAGUUCAAGUCCCGAAUUACCGGUCUGAUACACUGCAGACGAUACAGAAGCGACUUUGGCGAUGUUCUUUCCUAUGGUUCCAACAAGCCUCUGGACAAGACUUCCCUGGUGCUUGCUAUUAUGGUUCCCCUGGCUCUGUCCAUCUGCGUCCUCCUGUUCUGCACCUGCUUGAGGAGAUACCACAAGAUACUCUUUCCCAAGAUUCCGGACCCGUCAUUCAUUUUCAAGGGCUUAACAAUGAACCACGGCAGUGACCUGAAGGGGUUCAGAGCAGGAGGCCUCUAUGCUCCAGCAUCGGAACAGAUCAAUAUCUGCUCCGUCUCACCUGUACAUCAGGAGCCUGACUUGUGACAUCCAGGGCUUUGUGCUGCUGGGCGGUUUCUACCUCAACUGACUCUACACUGAACCUCUGCUGGAUGUCUCUUUGGAAGACAUCUCGCUAAGACAACAGCUUUGGUGUUGAUGUGGCUGUCCUAACCCCAAACUUGUGACACAGCCAGGUACAUCUGCGCCUUGCUCUUCUUCGAUAAAGUAUUCUUUUGAUCUCCAUCCUCUCCGCACUUGAACAAGACCCCAGGAGACUUGAAGAGACGGGCACCUUCCAACAGAAAUGCCACUCCUUCUUGGCAAUAAUGAGCUGGUGACCCCGGGAUGCUGGAUGCAAACCCCUCCCUCGUCUGUUACUGUAUGUGUCCUGAUAUCCAUUGUCAGCUCACCACACUCCUCGAAACCAGAGGCACCUGCGUCUUCCCUUCGGCACUUCUGAGACAUGCAUGGACUUUAUAUUGUUGUGACAAAUGAAUAAUGUUUCCGUGGCGUUCAGGCCUCAGAACUGACAAAACCUCUUGUUUUGAUUUAAUAAUUGUAGUGUCUUUGCAAGUAAUCCAAACAGACACAGGGCUUCCAUUUAACACAACUUUUGCUGAGUGCCAACAGUGUCACAUAGACAGAUCAAUGCGCCUGCUGGAAUAAAUCCUCCGUACACUACAAUUCCUCCCUCUAUACGUUGAAUGGAUACAACCAUCCAAUCCAUUCAAAUAGAAAAUGGACCGAAAUGGCUUUAUGGAAUGUAGCGAAAGUUGCGUUUUCGGUCAACUCGAUUCUUGCCUUUAUCCCUUUUAGAGUGCCUAUACCAUCGAGAAACACUUUCUCGUGGCUUUUUAGAAGCGAUAGUCUUUCCGUGGCGCCGGGCAAACUGCCUGGUUGAGCCAGAUGUAUGGCUCUGAUAUCAUGUCAGUUCAGUCUGAUCUUUCUCAGCCAAUCCCGACCCAAGAGUGGGGGUCCUCCUUUACAGCAUUAGUUGUUGUGCUUUGCCUUCAAAAGACACUUUCACAUUCAGCUUACCUACAGGACUCACUUUCUCACCAGUGUAGGUCUUGAGUCGCACAGAUGUCCUCAGCAGCGGUAAGUUGUGGAACUGUUGACAGUAGUCUGCUUUUGAAAUGACGGAACCCGUGUCUAGCUCCAUUUUCAGUUUGAUGCCGGACACAUUUGGAGUGAUCCAGACGGUUUCCCUGUUAUCUUCUUCAGUCCUGUCAUGUAUCUUCAAGCAAGCUAGCCCAAUAUGAUCAGACUCUGAUCAUAAUUGUUUGAAAUGUCUGUGUGGAGGGCUUUUAAAGUGCAAGCAAGUUCCUGAGGAGGCUGUAUGUUUUAAUGCCUAUGAUGCUGAGGAGUGCGAACUUUGUUUUCUUCCUCCACGUCAUUUGCAGUGAAGUAAAGUUCGACCCUUUCAACAUAGGACGCCAAGACUUCAUUUGCGCUGUCAAACUCCAUUUUUUUAGAAGUUCUUGAAAAGAAAAAAAUGAUUAAGAAAGUGAUGGCGCCCACAAAAGUAAAAACUGUUCAGCUGUUGGAUCGUUUAUUAAAAUUAAUGAGAACAUUUUAUGUCGAUACUUUCAUUUGCAUUUUACUCAUCUUCUUAAGAGUUUAUUUAUGAAAAGGAAAAUAUUUUAUGAUAUUUAGACAUUGUUUAUGUUAUUCAGAAUUGUAUUCAUGAUGUACAGUUUCUUUCCUAUUUCCUCAACAGUUUGCAUCAAGGAUAUAUUUUUUCUUCUUUUUUUAUUUUAGCAAAUGUGAUGAACAUGACUUGCGCCUGGUUCUGCCGCCGGUUGUACUUUUUAAUGACAAAUAUCUUUGCACCGAUCACGUCAUUUCACACGGUUUUUGUUUGUUUACAUGUGUGGUUAUUCAACACAAAUGAAAAAUGAAAAUCAGUAGUCACA